UUUGUCUCUCCUCUCCAAUUCUUUACCAUUCUUUAAAGCCAAAUCCAGUCAGCAAAAUGUUAUUUCAAUUUAUCCCAUUCUUGCAUUCGUAUAAAUCGGCAAGCGAACAAUAUGGCGGUGAGAAAAUUUUUGUCAAAACAGAAAAAAUUGUAUAUCAACAGAGUGGCAGUCCAGAGAAAUAUCCCCAGAUUGAGUAAAAAAUGCCAAAAUCCACUUUUCUUCCUCUCCUGGGGGGGGGGGGGCAAAAAAAUAAUUAUAGCGCAAAGAAUAAAAUUAAUCCCGUCAAGCCUCUCCUUUGUAAAUGUUUAUUUUUUUUUUUUUUUAGUAUUCGUCAAAAUUUGUUUCAUCAGUGGCCCACUCUUGAUUAUCAUAGUUCCCCGUAAAAUUUUCAUCAUAAUAACAUUGAUCAUCGUCAUUUUCCCAAGUCUCAUUAUUUCCCUGUGGCAACCAUUGGCAUUCAUCAUAAUAUGGGUCAUUUUCAUAAUAUUCAUCCCCAUAGUAAGGGCAAAGAUUUGGUUCAACUUGUUCAUCAUCCCAGUUUUCAUUCUCAUCCCCAUUUAUUUCCCAAACUUGAUUGACUUCUGCUUGGGCUUCCUUCACCUCUAUUUCAUCCCAUCUUUUUCUAGCAUCAGCUUUAACUCUACCAUUUAA